GGCAGGCGGGGAGCGGCGCUGCCUCCUCCUCCUCCUCCUCCUCCUUCUUCUCCUCCUCCUCCUCCUUCCCGGGCCAGCGGCUGAGGCAGCGCUGCCCGCUCCCGGCCCCGCGCCCGGCCCGCCGCUCUCCUGCCUGCUCCCCUGCUUGGCCCCGGCAGGGGCAGCCCGGGGGCGCCGCGGGAGCCCGAGCGCAGCGCGGCGCCUCCAUGAGCUCCUGAGCUCCCACCCUGCCCCGUCCUCCCCGCGGCAGCGGCUCCAGGUGCGCGGGUCCGAGCAGAGCCGGGACGCAGCUGGCUGCAAUGGCGUCCAACAUGGACCGAGAAAUGAUAUUGGCUGAUUUCCAGGCAUGUACUGGUAUUGAAAAUAUUGAUGAAGCUAUAACGUUGCUUGAACAAAAUAACUGGGAUUUAGUGGCAGCUAUAAAUGGUGUUAUACCACAAGAAAAUGGCAUUCUACAAAGUGGGUACGGUGUAGAGACCUUGCACGGACCAGCAUAUGGCCCCAGCAGUCACUCUGCUGCAGCUUCCUCAGCUCCUUCCUCCUCCUCAGCAUUUCGCCAUGUAGUGCCAUCUAGACAAAUAGUGGAAAGACAACCUCGAAUGCUGGACUUCAGGGUUGAGUACAGAGACAGAAAUGUGGAUGUAGUACUUGAAGACAGCUCUACAGUUGGAGAUAUCAAACAUAUUCUAGAAAAUGAACUUCAGAUUCCUGCAUCCAAAAUGCUGUUAAAAGGGUGGAAGACUGGAGAUGUAGAUGAUAGUACUGUUUUAAAAAGUCUACACUUGCCAAAAAAUAAUAGUCUUUAUGUUCUAACACCUGACCUGCCUCCUCCUUCUUCAAGUCAUUCUGGGGCCCUGCAGGAGUCAUUAAAUCAAAACUUCAUGCUGAUUGUCACCCAUCGAGAAGUCCAGCGGGAGUACAACCUCAACUUCUCAGGAAGCAGUACCAUUCAGGAGGUGAAGAGGAAUGUGUAUGACCUGACCAGUAUCCCUGUCCGUCACCAGCUGUGGGAGGGUUGGCCUUCUUCUGCCACAGAUGACUCUAUGACUUUAGCCGUGUCAGGACUGACUUUUCCUUGCCAUCGACUCACAGUUGGAAGAAGAUCCUCACCUGUACAAACAAGGGAGCAGUCAGAGGAGCAAUGCACUGAUGUUCAUAUGGUUAGUGACAGUGAUGGAGAUGACUUUGAAGAUGCUACUGAGUUUGGAGUUGAUGAUGGAGAAAUGUUUGGAGUAGCUUCAUCUGCCUUGAGGAAAUCGCCAAUGAUGCCAGAGAAUGCUGAAAAUGAAGGAGAUGCCUUAUUACAAUUUACAGCAGAGUUUUCUUCAAGAUAUGGUGACUGCCAUCCUGUUUAUUUUAUUGGAUCAUUAGAGGCUGCUUUUCAAGAAGCCUUCUAUGGGAAAGCAAGAGAUAGAAAGCUUCUUGCUAUCUACCUCCACCAUGAUGAAAGUGUACUAACCAACGUCUUCUGCUCCCAAAUGCUUUGUGCUGAAUCCAUUGUCUCCUACCUGAGUCAGAACUUCAUAACCUGGGCAUGGGACAUGACAAAAGAAGCAAACAGAGCAAGGUUUCUGACAAUGUGCACUAGACAUUUUGGGAGUGUUGUAGCCCAAACCAUCCGAACUCAGAAGACAGACCAGUUUCCACUUUUCCUUAUUAUUAUGGGAAAGCGAUCAUCUAAUGAAGUGUUGAAUGUAAUACAAGGUAACACAACAGUGGAUGAGCUAAUGAUGAGGCUGAUGGCUGCAAUGGAGAUCUUCAGUGCCCAGCAGCAGGAAGACAUAAAGGAUGAGGAUGAACGUGAAGCCAGAGAAAAUGUGAAGAGAGAGCAGGAUGAGGCAUACCGCAUCUCGCUGGAGGCUGACAGAGCCAAGAGGGAAGCACAAGAGAGAGAAAUGGCAGAGCAGUUUCGCUUGGAACAGAUCCGGAAAGAACAGGAGGAGGAACGUGAGGCCAUCAGGCUGUCUCUGGAGCAGUCCUUGCCCCCCGAGCCCAAGGAGGAGAGCACUGAGUCUGUCAGCAAACUCCGCAUCCGGACACCCAGCGGAGAAUUCUUUGAGCGGCGUUUCCUGGCCAGCAGCAAGCUGCAGGUUGUCUUUGAUUUUGUAGCUUCCAAGGGAUAUCCUUGGGAGGAGUACAAGCUGCUGGGCACCUUUCCGAGGAGAGAUGUGACCCAGCUGGAUCCAAAUAAAUCAUUACUGGAGGUAAAACUGUAUCCUCAAGAAACCCUUUUCCUAGAGGCAAAAGAAUAGAUCAAACAAGAUUGUAGGACUAAUCAUCCUUUGAUAAGCCAGAGGCACAGCAUCGAGAGGAAGACUUCUCUGAGCACCACCUUGUACUGACAUCCAGCUCAAUUCCAUGUCACAAGUUUGCCUCUUGCAAGAAUCCUGAAAAAUUGAAAAAAAACAAACAUAGCUACUUAAAGUUUCACAUACAUGAGUAUAUGUUUCCAACCUCAUUUAAAUGAGCAGAGGAUAAAGUUCUGCUAUGAACACUGAACAUUAUGAUUCUGUUGCUCACUUAUCAUCCAGCUUUUGUUAUAAUUAAUGCACUGUUAAAAUGUGAGUGAUUGUUAAGUAGAAUUUUUACUCCUCAAAUGCCCCUUUUUCACCAAGAAAUCUUGGACAUUUCUGCCUGUACUUUUGACACUAGAAUGCUGUAUAUUUGAUAUCUCACUGAGCCAGUGCUCUCAUAUAUAUGCAUUUUAUUUCUGUGUUUGAAUUUCUACUUUGUCAACUAAUUUAAAAAGGCAGAAAAAAAAAUUAAUGGGACAUUCUCAGCCAUGGAAAUUUAACAGUAUUAUAGUAGAAAGCAUAUAAUUUUUGUUAGUACUUUCUGACUUCUUUGAUAAGAUGUAAGGUUUUGUUUGGAGAAUAUAGUUUGACAUAUAUGCGAGAUAUUUAUUUACUGGUUCUGCUUUGGGUCUCAGUUCCAAUUCAGUUUAGGAAGUAUUUUCCAUUACAUUGCAGUGUGAAACUGCUUAUUGCAUGAUGUGAAUAUUUAAAUAACAUUAGACAUGGCCAGUACCAGAAACCUGGUAUCUUGCCAACACUUCAGGAAUCAGCUGAUAUUGAAUAUCAGCUGUUAAAAACCUUUCAAAUACCAGAUACAAAAGUUCUUUAUUUCUCUUUGUGAAAGAAAGGGCAGUUCCCAUUCUAGCAGUUUUUCUUCAUUCUGGCACUUGCUUGUCUCCUAUUACUCUGCUGGUUUAAAGCACCUUGUUUGGUUCAUCAAACAAUGGGUAUUUUAAGGGGUGGUGUAAUAAGAAAUCUGCCUUAUUGUUGCACACUUUGGACAUAUUAACAAUACAUUAUUGAUCCCAUCUCAAAUUAAAGAAAUCGCAGUUCUCUUGUCUGAAAUGUAUGCACCAGCUACCUGCUACCUGACAUGCAAAAAUCUGGUACUCUAAAUUUCUCAACCAUAGAAUGAGCAUACUGAGGCUAAGACCAUAACGUGCAGUUGAUGCCAAACCUGCAUCAAAACUGGUUUGUUUGGGAGUUUUUCUUCUCUUUUUUUUUUUUUUUUUUUUUUUUUUUUCCCCUUCCU